AAUUUGAAAUGUUCCUUCUGCAGCAUAAAACACAAGAUCGCGUAGGUUGGUAUGACAAUAGUAGCUUCUCAAGUAGGAAAGCCAGAGCAGAACGAGUGCUUAAUAGCAUCAUAUUUCGUUCUCCGAUUAUAAGGCUACCUCAAUGAAAAGCGCCGCCUGUACUUAACGUGGCAUCUCUAUAUAUACCUUCCUUCACUGUCAGGGAGGAGCAGGUGGUCCGUGCAAACAGCGUCCUCUUCGUUUUUCCCCUAUAUCUCGGUGUGGACACCCACCUUAGGAGUCGACCUAGAGACAUGUUUCCCGUAAAGUCCGAGUAGAAGCUUUCAGCCCGAAUAUUUGCAGCGACCCUGGAAUAGCUGCUUGGUGGGAGGUAAGAGCGAAAGGAGGGGGUGGUGGGGAGAUGAUAGGUGGGCGGGGGAUAGUUGUGUGCCUAUGUAGCGGCUACAACAAACAGACGACAUACCUGUGUCUGCAUUAAGGCAUGCGGUUCUGGAGUUUACUGCACAGACAUAUUUCUCCUUCGACUAGUCUCAAGAACGUGUGGCAACGGCGCGUGCAGGACAAAGAGGCACCGCCUUUCUUCUAGAACCUGUCACAGUCGGACGUCAUUACAGUGCACCAGUCUAUCAGCUGUCAUUUGAAAGUCCAACAGACAAAAGGCUGUGACCAUCACUUCCACGUCUCAGCAUAAGACAGCAUGGGUCUCGCUGUGGACCUGUUCGACAGCCAAGUGCCCCUGGAUCUCAUCUGUGUCAUGUGCAAGAAAGUUCUGGUGAACCCUGUGCAGAAUACCUGUAAGCACCUCUUCUGCAGUACGUGCCUCGUGCAGCACCUCAAGGUUGACAAGUCACGAGCCUGUCCUGCAUGCAAAGCCCAUCUGAGUGUCAAGAGCGAGCCCCCGUCCCUGGAGGUGAGACUGAGGCUGCUGGACCUGAACAUUCACUGCAGCCAUCGGUGCGGCAAAGUCCUAAAAGUCGGCGAGCUGCCGGACCAUGUAUCCGAAGAGUGCCCCUACACCCCCGUGGCGUGUCCGCACGCUAGACUGGGCUGCCGGAUGGAGAUUCGGCGACAGGAGGCUGAGGAGCACGCGGAAGAGUGUGACUGGCGGCCCGUGGUGUGUGAGGCGUGCGGCCACCGCACCGUGCGCCGAGACCUGUGCACGCACCAGAGCCGCAAGAAGUGCCUGGAGAAGAAGCUGAGGCACCAAGUUAGUCGGGCCAUGCGUGCCACCAAUGCGGAUGUCAUGCAGCACAGAAAUUCCCUACAGCGUCAACACAGCAGCAUGGGGCUUGCAGAAGCGUUCCCAGCAACGUGAAAACCUGUCAGACAACGGCAAAGUUCCGCUCGGCCUCCGCGCUUCCCCAUGGUCAGGUCACCCGUCGCCCUCAAGGCCUGCUGGCAGUGAGACCUCGUCAGUGGUUGGGGGACUUCACACCCCCGCCCCCUCUAGGGCCAGCACACAUGUGUUGACAUGCCAGAAGUGUAAGAGGCCGUACAGGGGGGAUCUCAAUUCUCCAACAGCAUGCCGAUGGCACGCUGGGGUGAGAAUCUCAUUACGUGAUCAUCUAUAGAAGAGAUGCACACACACACGUACAUGUGUGAAAGAGAAUUGUAGGCUCUCCAGCGCAAUGAAAUGUAUAACGGCUCACUGCUCUUAUUUCCAUUACACACUCUUAUACGCUAAGUUUCUUGAUUAAAACUAACAAGAUUCCGAUAAAGCGAGAGAGGACUGAAAGCCUGGGUGCAUGGGAGAAAGAGAUGAUCGAUAUAAGAUGGUGGGAUCGACAGAGCCGAGUGUUUCUUACAUAAUGUUUUCUUUUUCCUCUGCAUAUACAACCGCCCUGGCUGCACGUGGACCAUAUAAUACAGCCGAUUGUAAGUAUGAUGUUCUGUUCUGCGGCAUGAAAAUUUAGCAAUAAGACAACAGUAAGAAAUCUUUGUUCUAAUAGAACAAAAGAGCAGAUCUCUGUUAUGUGAAUGCUUAUUAGAAAAUUUAUAUAUGUGUGUGUAUGUGUGAACUUUAGACAGCCACAAAAGCAGAAGUUCUUUUGUAAAAUGUGUGCAUAGGUGUGCCAGCUUUAAUGAUCCUAACGUUAAACCCAUUUAAACUUUCCAUCAACUCAACCACAUCUUUAUACAGAUCAGAAAUAAUUGCAAAGAAAGGGGAAAAUUUGCAAGAACCCUUGACUUGCAUGCUACUUUGCCAUCUCUCCCCUUUUAACUCUUGUGUUGGGAUGUAAUACAGUUAGCCAUCACUUAAUUUAAAAAAAAAAAAAUAAAAGAAGGAAUACUACAGCAGGAAAGAAGUUAACAGAAAGAGGAUGAAACAAAGAAAUCCUGUGAACUAUUUAUGGAAUCUUAUUAAAUUUCACGAUUUGUUUCACGCUCCUCAGAAACAAAUCUGAUUUUGUGCCUAAUACAACAUAAGCAGUGUUAAAAGACAUCACUCUUAAAAAUAUCGUAAUGCCUGUAUGUGAUGUACACAAAUGGAAAUACUCUGAAAAAAAAGUUUCUUUCAGUAACAAGAAGUCUGGUUAAAUAUUUAUGAAAUGAUCAAUUAAGUUUUAGAAUUGGUGAGAAACUAAUUAGAAAAUGACAUUGUCAAUUCUUUUAUUACGUAACAAUGAAAACACUAUGAAAUUUAUAUAAGGCUUUUCUCUUUUUUUCAUGUCACUUUCCACAACAGAUUAAGGUGAGUUACAGUUUUAACUUUGCACGUAGUGCUUUAUUCAAAUAAACCUCAUAUGCCAUGGUUCAACAGAUGUAGCCAAUAGGCUUAAACAUUUAGAAAAUAAGGAGAUUUUUCACACUAAAUGACCUUAAAUGUAAUAUAUAGAUCCAAGGUAUUAAGAAACAGGGCAAAAAUUAUUUAAUUUUUUUUUUACUGAAAUGUUACAGUAGACAUAUAUUUUUUCUUAUAUAUAUUGUAGUAUAAAAACCAUUGCAUAUACAUGUACCCCAUUUAAAUUAUACAGCAAGGACAGAAUUUGGGAAGAGAAAAAAUGAGAACUGGCAGAGAGAGAGAAAGCAAAAUAGAAUGAAUGACCAGAUAGGUGAAAUAUAGGUGCAGUUAAAAAAAACUAAGCAUACCAAAAAAAUAAAACUCAUAAAUUUACCUUUGGAAUUUUUCAUCUCUUGCAUAUGUGGUCACCUUUAAACAGCUUUUUGUGAGUAUAUUUUGUUGUAUAGUGGUAUUUUCCAUGCACACACACAUGAAACAGCCUCUUGUCAAUAAAAAAUACUGUAAUACGUGUAACCAAAGUGGUAGCAGUAGCAUUUUUGUAUAAAUUAUAUAAUCUAGUAAUUGCAUUAUCAAGUAAACUUAACUAUCAAUAUGACUUUGCUUGCAAGAACUCACCAUUGACACCCCUUUAAAAUAACUUAAUUCUGUUGUCGCCAACAUCCAGCUUUUUCUCCAGCAUUUAAAUGACAAGCUAAAGCAUACGGGAAUAUAUAAUUUAAAAAAUCAUCAUAGUAUUAUUUUUUUUCUUUUCAUAUGCUGGUGUCUGUGUCACAGGGGGUAUGUACACUUUCUUUUUUCAUUUUUUUAAAUUAAAUGAAUGCAUUCCAAGUGUCUUCUCAUCAAUAUACAAAGCUAAGGUGACAUUAACAACUAAUAAACAGAAGUGUUCUAUUUUGUCAGUUUGAAUUAAGCAUUACCUCGAAUUACGGAUAACUGCUUUGAAAUCUGUGUAUGAGAUAAGGGCUAUAUUGUUAUGAAAUAUGGAAAAUGCACAGUCCAUUAGCUCAAGAAAUUCCAGUGCUGAAGUUCUAUAACACAUUAAGUAUUAGGAUAGAAAUGUAUAAUACUUCAAAAAUAGUAAGUUUAGAUUUAAAGCAUGAAAUUUCCAAAAAUCUUUACAGUUGUUCUGUCUGUUUCAUUUCAUGGUUUUCUUGGACCAUAUUAUGGCUUCAGGGGGUGAGUAAAUCUAUUUUACUAUGUAAAAUACAAAAUGAACAUUUCUUUGUAAAGUCAGACAAAAAAACCAUUUUGGAAUGUAGGUUUUCAGAAGAAAACUGGCUCUUACAUAAAAUAAUAAACCAUUAACUAAUAAACUAUCAUACUGUGGCUAUUAAAAGAAAGAAGAAAGUAUUUUUGAAAAACAGAAAUUGUCAAAAAUUAUGCCAUGGAGAUUUCAUACGAUGUUUUAAUUAAUAUAUUAUACCUUUUUAUUUAACAGACAUGUUAUGCCUGUGGUCGCCUGGACUACCAGAAGGGAUGUAUGACAGGAUGCCACAAACCAUAGAAACUUUUUUCCUUCUAAAUGCUGUUUCAACUGUCAUGCUUACAGUGUUUACCUAAAUGAUUUUGCCAAAAACAAGAUACAAAUCAAUUCGAAGACUUUACUGCCUUGCAGUUUAAUGAAGAGACUUUCUGUAGUUGGUGAAUAAUAUCACUGUCAAGGUGUACACAAAACAUGAUAAAAAAGAGAAUUAGAGUUAAACUUAUUAAAAUGGAAAACUCUAAAAAAAUUCUUCCAUGAUAACGAAUUAGUUAAUUUAUUUUACAUCCAACAUUGUAUAUGGUAGAUUUAGCGUUAUUAAUGAAUUUUUUUGGAAAUAUGGCUUAUCAUUGAGUGUAUGAGUUAAUGCAUGGGUUGCUUUAUGGGUCAAUCACAAACUCCUAUGUUUUCAUUAUCAUUUGAUCUCACACUUCCAUCUUUAUCCAGCCUACAACUCACUGUAAAUAUCCACAGAAGAUCAAGUGUUAAUGCAUGGAUCGUGCAGGCUGUUUUGUGACAUGUAUAACUGCAAUGAUUACCAGAUGAGCUGAUGAAAUACCACUGUCUAUAAAUAAUAUAAUAAGUUUAAGUAUAAUGAGAUGGAGAAAUGAUAAGUCUGAGAAACUAAAUCUCUAUCAUAAAUAAUGUGUAUUGUUGGCUUCUCUUUAGACAUACAGUCUUCAUCUAACCUCUACUGAGUCUUAAGUAAAAGCUAGACUGAAAUCAGCACUUGCCCAAAUAGAAAGGCACUAUUUUAAAAUAUACAGGAGCAAAUAGAGCAUGCUUGCGGCCCUAUGCUCCUCGAGGAGUAACAAGGACUAAACUAAACUAAAUAGGGCAUGAUUAGAGAAGGAUGUAGACUAAAGAAGACUAUCAGGAUUAUAGAAUGGAAACAAGAAUUUACUGCACUGGGUGGGUUUUAUUUUUGUGUGAACUUAGUGUCCACCUCGCCUUCCCCUAAAAAAUGUCUGAAAGAAACAGUAUUUUACAUGCACAAAGAAAGUAAAUGGAUCCAAGGUAAUAUUGACAACAUCCCUUUGUAAACACCAUGCCACAUACCAUAAUAAAGUACAUUUUAAGACUAUCAUGGUUUAUUAAAUUCAGUAAAUAAAGACUUGUAUCAUAUGCUAAGCUACUUGAAAAGUAUAUGAAAAAGAAAUCAAUAAUUUACAAUAGUGUUAUGACACUGAGAGUUAUCAAAAGACAAUGUAACUGAAUCUCUGUAAUAGAUAUUAAGGAAUGUGCAAAGAAAAAAUACAUUUCUGUGGAACUAAAGAUUGCUUACAAGAAUAAAUUCACAGAAAAUCACUUGUCUUCAUCUUUCAUUACUGAGCCUAAUCACUUUGCAGCAAUAAAAUCAUAUAUUUUAAUAAUGACCCUUUUUUUAAAAAAAAA